AUCAGUUUGAAACCGCAGAACUAAUAACAAGCACACACAGCACGGUUCAAAAACAAAUACAUACAAUGGCCGUUAAGAUGAUCAUUUUCGCCGCCUGCGUGGCCACCACACUCGCCCAAUACGCCGCCCCAGCAUACCCAGCGCAUCACGCUGAAGCUGAACACGCAUACGCCCCAACCCCGUACAACUUCGAAUACAGCGUAAACGACCCACACACUUACGACGUGCACAGCCAAUCUGAAUCCAGCGACGGAAAAGGUAACGUCAAGGGAACUUACAGCCUUUUGGAAGCCGAUGGUUCCACCCGCGUCGUCGAAUACACCGCCGAUGACCACAGCGGUUUCAACGCUGAAGUCAAGAAAAUUGAAGGACACAGCCAAGGUUACAACGCACCUGCCCCAGCCUACAAGCCAGCUUACUCCGCACCCGCAUACUCCGCACCCACAUACUCUGCACCCGCUCACUCUGCACCAGCCUACUCUGCACCCGCUCACUCUGCAUCAGCAUACCCUGCACCAGCAUACUCUGCACCCGCACAUUCUGCACCAGCUUACUCCGCUCCAGCCUACAAGCCAGCAUACUAAUUUGCUUAGUCAUGCAUGCCACUAUCCUUCAUAUUUUUCAUGUUUCUUCGUUCAACUUUCAAUUUUACAGUGUUCACAUUGAACCUUAUUACCAUCUUAUUAUGUAAAAUACUUAGUAAGACUAUUAUGUAUUGAUAGUAUGUAAAUAUAUGCAUUUAAAUAUGUAUUUAUUGUA